AUGGCUACCGUUGAAGAUCUUGACCGCCAGGUUGGUAGGCUGAGAAUUACUGACAGUAGUAGCGAGGACACACAAUCUCAAGCACUGGGCGCGGCGUUACAAGACUUGGACCAAACAGCCAACCUGUUGGCCGAACAGUUGGAUACAAUCAACAAGUUAAUUUCUAGCAACACCCAGAUCAUCGUCAAUCAUGAAGCAGCUUUCUACCAAGCGUAUCAACGAGUCAGACAAUCCAGGCUGAAAGCACAAAGGUUUCAAAACGCUGCGGUUCAAUCAGUCGUCACCUGCAUUACAUCGUUGGUGACUGGGAGACACAGCCAAACAACGGACAUGCUCGCUUACUUCGACAAAACGAUUAAAGACAUUGUUAAAAAUUCACUACUAGAUCUCCACGAUAACGACUCUCUAUGGGGAAUUGUCGAGGAAUGCUACAUUCAGGUUGUUGCCCCUUCAGGUCAGCUUCAUGUGAGCAACUAUGUCGAUUGCUUGUCUCAGCGAGAGAAUGAGAAAAACCAUACAGCGGACAUUGGAGACAAAUGGGUUUGUUUUUGGGCAACGUGCUUGAAUAAUUGUCCCGGAGGGCCAACACUAUUUAUACCACCCGCGAUGACGCCAUUCCAAGACGAUAAAGACCCUCCGAAGUACUUAUUCCGUGCCUAUGAUGCAGACAGUCGGGGAACUAACAAAGAGGAUAUCAUCGCCUCUAUCGGGUGUGACUAUGACUGGCGUGAUAUUCUGUCACUGAAUAGACAGGAUAUGUCUAUAAUGCUUUAUGGUCAUAUUAGGACGCUAUACAGUAGUAUUAAAGAAGAUAACCUUAUAUUAUAG